AAGGAAGCCGUAGCCGAACGCGCAGUAAGCUUCAACGUAAUUGGUUGGAGGAGAGAAAAACAGCUUGGCUGGUCUGGAGGGAUGGAUCAGGGUACCAAUGAUGGACAUGAAGACCUACAAAAGACGUAUUGCCCAGCUGUAUUUGAUGCUGAUGAAAUCCAGUUUACGUUGCCAUUUCUCAAUCGCUGAUGUGAUGUAAUACCGCGAGCAGAGAAUUUGUGUUCAAAUUACUAUGGCUGAUAGUAGAGAAAGCGGUGACGCAAAAGAAGAUGGAAGUGAAACACAGGGUCAGCAUGAGUCUUCAACAGCAGUGGUCAAAUCAACCGCCAUGGUGAAGUCAUCUAGGAAGCGCCCUGUGUAUCAGUUCUCAAGGUUAGAUCUCAACACGGACCUACAUACACCACCUGAUAACUGGCUGCGGGAUGAGCCUCAACUCUCCAAGACAUGGGUCACUGGGGAGUGCACUCAGUAUUCCAGUUUUGCAAUGGCAGAAACUCUUCCAGAAACCGUUGGUGAAGUGGAUGUCAUAACUGCUGCUGAGAACAUCAAGAAGCUGUUGAAGAUUCCAUUCAGUAAGAACCAGGUCAGUAUGGCUGUCCAUCGUGUCGGCAAGACACUACUACUCGAUGAGUUGGAUCUAUUUAAACAUCUCAGGAGUGCCUCAAAGGGUGAACGAGAGUGGAUGAAGACGUUUAUUAUUCAAGCAGUGUUAUCCGAAGGCAAGAAUCUCACCAUGAAACGAAAAACCAACGAGCUUCUUCAAAACUCAAAUCUUUUGUCCAAGUUCUUAUACUAUAGUAUUGGAAAUUCUUCUGAAGAGUCAGUGCCCCAGCCAGCUGACUUUGCCGAGCAGGAUUUUGCACAGCACCAGUCUGCUCUAGUCCAGAUUCCAGACCUACUACCAAAGGCAGAAGCCAGUGAGUUUGCACGUCAGGUUCUGUGGCAGUUUGAAGACAUCCGCAUGUUAAUAGGAACCGAUCUACCGAUCUUUGGUGAAGGAAUACACCCAGCGGUCAGUCUAAGGUUAAGAGACAUGGCCAGUCCCAUUAAUGUACUAACCGGGUUAGACUACUGGCUUGAUAACCUCAUGUCCAACGUACCUGAGCUGGCCAUGUGCUACCAUCUCAACGGUAUCGUACAGAGGUAUGAACUCCUUAAGACGGAGGAGAUACCCAACUUGGAAGAUGCUAAAUUUGCUCCUCAGGUUGUCAAGGAUGUCGCCCAGAAUAUCCUGUCAUUUCUAAAGAGCCACUGCACUAAGGAAGGCCACACUUACUGGCUCUUCAAAGGUCAAGAUGAAGAUGUGGUGAAACUGUAUGACCUGACCAGUCUUUGUAACGAGUAUCCUAACAGACCAUGGGAGAAUCCAUUCAUAUCACCAGUAGCCAUGCUGCUGUAUAGAGUCGCUAGGAACCUAUCAAUGGCUGGACCCAGUAAAAAGGAUAAAGGUAUCAUUUACAAGCUGUUGAGAAACUGUCUGGAACUUCUUGAAGGAACGGAGACAAGACAUUCAGAGGUAGCUGCGUCGGCCAAUUAUCUACUGUCUCAUAUAUUCAUCAAUGAGGAUGACCUUGCUAACCCCGCCCCGUCCAAGCCCUCCAAGAAGCAGCAAGCGGAACCAUCUUCCAGUGAAGAGGAGGAAGAUUAUCUUUACGGGAAGGAAGGCGAGAGAGCAGCGGCCUUGAAUGUAACCACGGUGGGUACGCAGAGUUUGACGCUCCCAAGUGUGAAGCACGGCGAGGGAAACGAGAGGCAUCAGCGACGGUUCUCAGUGAAGGCGUUAUAUGCACCCAAGGAGGAGAAAGCUAAGAUUGCUCUUAAACAUGUUGUAAAGGGACUUAAAAGCAUAAAAGAGUGUCCAGAAUCCAGCAGCGAGACCCAAGAGCAGUCACAGUCAGCCAAGAUGCCCAGUCCCCUACCCUCACCAACGCGGGUCAAACCUCUCUGCUACACCAAACCAACCAUCACAGACAGCCAAGGAGACGUGGCAAGCGCCACAGUACGGCAAGACGUUGCAUCUUCGUCUCAUCCUAUUGAACAAGGAGGCAUCUCAUCGCUUACUCAUCCAAUGGCACGAGGAGACUCUUCAUUAUUAUCUCGUUCCAUCGAACAAGGAAACAUUUCAACACCAUCUUAUCCGACGGAACAAGGAGAAACUUCAUCGUUGCCUCAUCCCAUUGAACAAGGAAACGCUUCAACACCAUCUUAUCCCACGGAGCAAGGAGACGCUUCAUCGAUGCCUCGUCCCAUUGAACAAGGAAACAUUUCAACACCGUCUUAUCCCACAGAGCAAGGAGACACUUCAUCGUUGUCUCAUCCCAUUGAACAAGGAAACGCUUCAACACCAUCUUAUCCCACGGAGCAAGGAGACACUUCAUCGUUGCCUCAUCCUAUCGAACAAGGACACAUCUCCUCAAUUUCCCAGCCUCAAGAGGAUGGUGACAAUCACACUGGUGCAUUUAUUUUUUCAUCACCGGAACUAAAUUUUAACAACUUGAUAGCCUCAACGAACGAGCACAGUGAAACACCUCUGCAUGCGGUUAGGGACGUUGAUGUUCCCAAUCAGGCAAUUUCAGAGGGUACGUCUAGAGUUGCGCAAGUUGAAACCAGCUCAAGUUACAUGGACAGUCAAGGACACAAGGUUGUGAAAAAACAUGACUCGAUGACUGGGAGCAUUGAAGAGAAACUCUCUGAUACCACAGGGUAUCCAGUUCAGGAAACACAAAUUCCUUUAGUCGUACCCCCAACAGGAGGGACCUCAAGUCAAGACUCCCUGGCAGCCUCUGGCGAUGUGUCGGUAGAGUGGAUCCCAGGAGCGCCCUCGCAGGCAGCUGAGUCUCAGAUUCCCAUCAAUCUAUCCGUCGCUCCGAGGCGUGUGCUCCCUGGAAGCUGGCAACAAAAGUCUAGCUUCCUGCUACUCAGGAAGGCAAGUGAGAGCUAUCUGGUGCUGGCCAAAGCAGCUUGUAAAGCAGAGCUCUACGGCCAGUCUCUUCACCUGUCUAAUAUGUCAUUACUCUGUCAUAGUUCUUGCCAGUCAGUGGAACUGCCUGAUACCAGCGAUGGGCGCAGUCUCCUCAGUGAUCUACUCAUGGUGUGUGGUGACUGUAUGGUGUUACUCACACAUGAAUCAAACUCAUACAUGAGACACAGAGAAGACUUUGAUAACAUGACGGAGGAUGACCGCUACAUACUCAAUGCAGUCAGUGAGCAGUAUGAGCCAACCAAUGCUUACGAGUGGGCGGUAGAUUUCCAGGACAGUCUAGAGCACAACUUGAACGUAGGAGUGCUCUGUUACAAAGUAGCUCUUAGCGAAGGGUCGGGCCGCACCCAAGACUAUCUGAAGAGACUGACUAGGAAGUUGGGCAAUGCACGCAAUGAUUUGGGCGUUUUCUACAUGGAUCAGUCACUGUCUGUUCAAAAGGAUGAACAAGGUAUUCCCCAGAAGAGCCAGGCGUUACGGCGGAAGAGCCUCGCAUCCCUGGAGGCUGGCGUAGAGAACUUCAAGGAUGUGAACGACGUUGCUAAUAUGGCGCUUUUAUUGUGUAACUGUGGAAAGCUGAUGAGAUUGUGUGCUUUCAGUUCCAACGAGCUUAGGCCGGGAGCCCACACCAAGAUGACUUAUGGCAAUCCCUACUUCUAUAACAAGGGGGCUGAUUACUACAAGAGAGCAUUGAGCAUGCUGGGCCACCGUAGGCGCCACCCUGCACUCUGGGAAUCCGUCUCCUGGGAGCUCUCAUCUGUGUAUUAUGGCAUGGCAACCAUUAUGCAAGACACUCCUCCACUCUUAACCAUGGCUCAGGAACAGAUUGAGAAAGAAAUUGUUGAGAUGAUGAGCAAAGCUCUGGAACUCUGUGAGGUAGACGACGUUUCACCCACCAACAAACCAGUUUAUCAGUAUCGAGUUGCAACUAUACAUUAUCGUCUAGCAACACUACAUCAAAAUGCCUACAGAAAUCAGGUGUCCCAACACAGGCAGAAACAUACGCGGGCCCAAGCUGAGUUUCACUACAAGAAAGCUGUCAAACUGUUCAAGGAUCUUGAAUGCCCCUCGGACCUUCUUAGGGUGUUCCUUGAAAAGGUUGCCCUCCUGGAGCAUCAGUUUAAAGGUCAGUCUGGUAACAGUGCUCGUAAGAAGACUCUUCAUGCAGCUCUAGACAUACUGCUGCAGAGCAAAGAAGCACUGAGUGCGUUACACAGAGGAAGACUCAAAAGCUCUAGGGAACCUGACUCGACUACCUCUACAGGGGGAGAUGAAAUCACCACAAAUGAGGGAGCUAGAACUGCUCUUACUGGGACGAAGGAGGUGGACGGGGUACUGCAGGGAUGCGAUCCAAAGACAGUUGAACAAUCUAAACUAACUCCUACAGAGGCAGGCAACUCGUGCCCCGUCGUCAUCAACGAUGACUCAGGCUUAGAGCAACAAGAUAUGAAAUCCACUGGUGGAGAGGUUCACACUAAACAAGGAGUGGAGCCCCCUGUGGGUGGAAGUGAUGGUUCGGCUGGAGGUCAAGGGUCAAACAUUGGAGAGAGGUCAACCAAAGAAGAGGAAGAGGAGGAGGGACAGCGGUUGGAGAACAUUUGGGGAGGAAGGCUUCAGUUUGUGCUGCUGAACCUAGUGAAGCUGCAUGGAGCAAGCAAGAAGGGACAGCACCUACCGAUUUACAAGAAGAUGUACGCAGCAUCACUCGGGAGGACUGUCUCCUCACCAUCUUCUCAUCCAGCCUCAUCUACGUCCUCCUCAGCAACCCCACCUCCAAGUAAGACACCCAUGAGCAUCAUCGAGGAAGUGCAGCAUCUUCUACAGAGUGUGAAAUGACACUGGCAAUCAUCCCGAAGUCUCUAAGCAGAGCUCUGUGCGCAGUUUAGCGGAAACUUUCAAUCCCUAGGUAGGGACAGCUAGUGACUUCAAGACAGAACCUAGACUGGGCAUCUGUCUUUAGUCGCAAGGAUAAAGACAGGUCCCUGCUGCUAGAUCCAGUGAUUCCAUUGGAUACAAUGGUAUCAUAA